GAGCCAUAAGGUAAUAUCAAAAACUACGCAGGAGGUUAACGCAAUAAAGCAUUUUUAUUAUUUCCCCUUAUCGUCCGUUUUCAAAAAAUUCAGUAGCACUAAACUCCAGCUCAUCGUCGCCGUUCAAUGAUCUCCGAUCACCGGAAUAUUCCGAUUCUCUAAUUAAUCAACAUCUAAGUGAACCGGUGAACCAGUGAACCGGAGUUUGAAAACAAAAGCUCUGAACCGGAGAGAACCGAACCGUGUCAAUGGUUUAGGGUUUAGUGUGUUCUAGAAGCUUCCACUACAACAACAACUUCACUUCCGCUAUGGAUAAUUCAAAGCUUUUCGUAUUUCUUCUUUGCUUACUUGCUCAGUUUUGCAUCUCUUUCUCAGCUUCAGAUCAAGUGAACUCUUUCCAGUCAGUUCCUGAUCUUGAGAAAUCAAUGUACAUGGCCAUUGACGGUUAUCCAUGUGUACGGCUGCUUAACCUUUCAGGGGAGAUCGGUUGUUCAAACCCUGGGCGUGCCAACAUAGUUGCUCCAGUUACUAGGUUCAAGACUGCGAAUAAGUUGGCGGAGCCAUCUGCAUUACUGGUGUCUAUAGAUCAAUUUGAGGAUCUCUUUGCAAGGUUAUCGGAUGAUGCAGAUUUUUCUAGGCAUGUUGUUGGUGUAUUAGUCGAAUCAGGUUCUCAGCUUCCAAAUGGCUUAAAAGGAUUUUCCCCUGACAAAAAGUUUCCUCAAGCUGAAUUCGCUCCUUAUCAAAGUGGCAAGUUUGAAUGGAACCCAACUGGAUCUGGAUUGAUGUGGAGGGCUUACAAUUUUCCUGUAUUUUUGCUUUCAAAUAGUAGCACGUUGGCCUUGCAAGAGAUUGCUUUGAGAAAUGAGAAGCGAGAGAAAUCAUACACUGUUGAUGUGGCUGACUUUGAUCUUGUGAUGCAGACAACAAAGUCUGGGACUCGGGAUUCAGAAACCUGUCUUAGAGAACAGACUUGCCUUCCAUUGGGUGGGUACAGUGUCUGGUCGGCGCUACCACCAAUAGUCGUCUCAUCAUCAAAGAAGGUAAAGCCUAUGAUAUUGACUGUGGCUUCUAUGGAUGCAGCUUCCUUUUUUCGUGACAAAAGUGUUGGUGCAGAUUCACCUAUAUCUGGGUUGAUCUCAUUGCUGGCUGUGGUGGAUGCUCUUUCACGUGUUGAUGGCUUGGGGGACCUUGAUAAACAGCUUGUAUUUGCUGUUUUCACCGGGGAGGCCUGGGGCUACCUUGGCAGUAGGAGAUUUCUUCUUGAGCUUGAUCAACAUUCUGAUGCUGUUAGUGGACUUGACUUGGCACUAAUUGAAACGGUUCUUGAAAUUGGAUCAGUUGGAAAGGGUUUCGCUCAGGAUGAUAAAACAUUCUUUGCUCAUAGUACAAAGGAGAGUGCCACAAAUGGAACUUUAAGUGCCCUCAAGGAUGCUCUAGGUUCGCUUAAGACUAAAAGCAUUAAGAUCUCAAGGGCAAGUAAAUCAAAUCCAGGGUUACCCCCGUCCUCACUGAUGUCAUUUCUGAAGAAGAAUCCAGAGACUUCUGGGGUAGUCCUUGAAGACUUCGAUGCUACCUUCACAAAUAAGUUCUAUCACAGCCACUUGGAUGAUCUAUCAGCGAAUAUAAACUCCUCAGCCAUAGUAGCUGCCGCUUCUGUUGUUGCCCGAAGUCUGUACAUUCUAGCCAGUGAUAAGAAGGAAAUAAAUAAUUCAGUUUUGAAUACCAUCAACAUAAAUGCCUCCUUGGUUAAAGAACUUCUUGGCUGCUUGCUAAGUUGUGAACCUGGCUUAUCAUGCGAACUGGUAAAUCGCUACAUCGCUCCUUCUGCAAGUUGCCCAAGCCAUUAUGUGGGAGUCGUCCUGGGCGAACCUUCCUCUCAGCCGUAUCCUGGUAAUGUGGGGGAUGUUCCUCGGUUUCUGUGGAAUUUUCUGGCAGAUAAAACAGCUAUUCCUUCGAAGAAUACGAGCUCUGCUUGUCCGAAGGGCUGCAGCGGCAAUGGUGAAAUGUGUGUCAAAGCAGAGACAGAUGGGAAGGGUGUCUGUGUCAUUUCCUCAACCAGGUAUGUCCCAGCAUACUCGACUCGAUUGAAGUACGAGUCUGAAACUUGGGAGGUGUUGCCUCAUAAUUCCUCCGAUACGAUGGGAGCAGCUGACCCCGUUUGGACAGAGAGUAACUGGGAUACAAUAAGGCUUCGUGUCUACACAGUCCAGGACACUAGAUUUGACAGUUGGAUUCUGCUGUUAGGUGUAACUGUUACAGUUUUGUCAUACAUUAUAAUAGUAAUUUCAAAAGCCUUCAUUACAAAGGCCCUGAAACGAGAUUAGCAUAGAAAUUCUUGAUUAAACAUACUUUCGUUGGAAAUAGCAUUCUGAUUGCUUUUAAAGCACAGCCUUGCAAAGUGACGAGAAGGAAAUGUAAUUCUUAGCUGUUAUUACUGCUUAAACGCAAGUUGAAAAUGCUCUGCAAUCCCACGGGGGCGAAGAAUUGUCAUUGGUAUUGUGGACUAUCUUGCAAUGUAAAUUGCAGCUAUGAGAUAUUUGAAGUUUCUGA